CACAAGAGUUCACAAGAGUUGAACUUGAUAGUCAGAUUCUCUGUGAUAGUUGAUAGUAUAGAGACUGAUAGUUUAGUAGUAUACUGAUAGUAGCGACAGCUAGAUCUAAUUCUAAAAAAUAAAUAAACAUGUCAAAUCCUGGAGAGUGCACAGUGGUCAUUAUGGCUGCAGGCACUGGAUCACGAAUGACAGACCUGACAAACCAGUGCCCUAAACCUCUCCUACCUAUGGGACAAUUUCCUAUGAUAUGGUAUCCAAUCAGAACACUAGAGAAAGCAGGAUUCUUAGACAUCAUCAUAAUAACAAGACAGAGUUGGCAGGAACAAAUGCACAAUGCCAUUUUUGUGGAUAGUGUGCCUCUCAAAGCUCAUAUUGAGUUCAUAGUAAUCCCAGACUCUGAUGAGUCAGGUACAGCAGAUUCCCUGAGACUUGUAGCUGACAAAAUCAAGACACAUGUUAUGGUAGUCAGCAGUGACUUCAUUUCUGACUGUGACCUGUCCGAAAUGCUUGCUGUGCACCGGAAACACAGCUCAUCCCUCACUGUUAUGUUGUCCCAGCUACCAACAUCAAUUAUUGCUGAAACUCAAGUUCCAGGUUCUAAGUCUAAGCAAAAAAAUUCCUCGGCAGAAAAGAUCUCCAUUGGAUUUGAAUCAGGUAACACAGACCACAUUCUGUUCUGGAAAUCUGAGAUUGAUAUGGAGAAUUUUUCUUUUACCAAGAAAUUUUUAACCAGGUUUCCAAGUAUAAAUCUACAAAGCACCUGGACUGACUGUCAUGUCUACAUUAUAAAUAAAUUUGUCAUAAAAUACCUGCAAGACAAAGAAGACAUUAAUUCACUUCAAGGGGAGCUGAUUCCUAUGGUUGUAAAAAAACAAAUGUCAAUGUACACUAAAGGUAGUCCAAACGAGGACCAGGAUUUAAAUGGCACUGAUCAAGAUUUAAAAAGUGAAGAAAAGAAAGAUCUUAUUGAUUAUGCUGUGAAGUUUGAAAACAAUUUGAUUUCACCUGUAAGAUAUUUAUCAUUAAACAGUGACAGCUUUGGUAUGAAUGAAAAUACACCUCAUAAAGACCUUAUAAGAUGUUAUGCUUACAGACAAACUAGUGGUUUUUGUGUGAGAGCUAAUAACAUUGUGUCUUAUUUUGAAGCUUGCAAACAGAUGCCUCGUCUUAUAUCACAAUUUAUAACUAAAAAGCGGCUUGACUCUGUGUCUACUGUGCAUGAUUCUGCAUCCAAAAAGCCCAAACCUCAGGUUGGUGCUGAUUGUUUGCUUGGUGAGAGUGUCACAGUGGGAGAAAAAGUCACCAUCAGCAAAUCUGUUAUUGGCAAACAUUGUAAAAUUGGGGAUAAAGUCAAAAUAACUAACUCAGUCAUCAUGGGACAUGUGAAUAUACAAGAAAGUUCAAGCAUCACCAAUUGUAUCAUAGCAGAAUCAGUAAUCAUAGGAGACAAAUGUGAACUAAAUAAUUGUAUUGUUGGACAAAAUCAGAACAUAUCUAACAUGUCCAAGCUCAACAAUGAAGUUAUUUGCUCUGGAUCACAAAUGGAGGUUCCAUUGGAAUGACAAUUAAAUAAAGCAAAACUGCAUUCAUGGUGGAUUGUUAUAGGUGCUGGCAUUCUUGCAUUUGUGAUUUCAAGUCUUUAUUUUUCUCCUCAAGUAUUAAGUAAUAAAAUGUGAAUGUAGAAUCA